GGGAUGACUCCGCGGAGAGUCACGGAGCCGUCGGUGCCCGUCAAUGGAAAACCCCGCGGGAGCGCGUGCGGAUAAAAAGUCGCUGCAAAUGGAAGCUGAGACGAGAUUUACCGAGUUCACCGGCGGACAGACACCGAGACACCGACAGCCGCCCUGACAGACAUGAACCCCGCCACAGUCGCCGCCCUGCUGCACUGCUUCCUGUUGGCAGAUUUAAUCCAGUCAGCUCCCGUCAGUUCGCCACUCACAGAGGCGGCCGAGCGAGCAAAGACGCUGGUGGAGAAAAUCCUGAGAGACAUCCCCACCGUGCACGCCGCCACCGUCACCACGCAGGGUCUGACCCUCGACUCCGCCGCACAGACGACCAACCUGCAGGUGAUGGUGACGUCACUGGGCAUCCCCGCCGCCCCCGUCCUCAAGCCGCCAUCUGAACGCUUCACACUGGACAACUGUGUGAGUCGCAUGGCGGCGGGCAGCCGGCUGUACCAGGGGCUGCUGGGAGUUUUAUCAGACCGGCUGAGCGGACUGAGUGACCUGCGGGCUGACCUCAGAGACCUGCUGACACGCAUCAACAAGAUGAAGGAGGCGGCUCAGCUCAGCGGCGGCAGUGCGGCGGAUCAGAGUCUGGACCUGGCCUCCCGUCUCCACGGUAACUACGAGGUGCAGGUGGCGACUCACCUGACGCUCACGCAGCUCCGCUCCUUCUGUCACGACCUGAUCCGCAGCCUGAGAGCUGUCUCCACCUACAAGCUCCGCCCAUGAGGUACACGCUAAGCCCCGCCCAGCAGAGGGGACGCCACGCUGCAGGAAACAUCAGGACGCCAUCAGCGUGGCUACAACAGAACCAGCUGAGCGUCUGAAGGCGGAGCUCUCUGGGUCAGAUCACCUGCAGCAAACAGGAAGUGGUCCAAAACAAAAACAAAAGAGUUUGAUUGUGGAACAAGUUUUAAAGGACGCAGAACGACUUCCUGUUCGGACUGAGGUCACGUCACAUGAUCAGGAAGAGAUUCACCUCCUCGUGUAGCUGAUGGCAGACGUUUACUGUGAAGGAGGAGCGCUGGGAUCAGUGGCGCCUGUGUCUGUCUGUCUGUGUGUGUGUGUGUGUGUGUGUGUGUGUGUGUGUGUGUGUGUGUGUCUGUCUGUCUGUCUGUCUGUCUGUCUGUGUGUCUGUCUGUCUGUGUGUGUGUGUGUUCAGCAGGAAUGUUGGGAAUCUUCCAGGAAUGAAGAAACUGAUGAUGAUGAUGAUGAUGUGCAGGUCUGAGCGUGUCCUCUGCUGCUCUCGUCUUUCACUUUCUGAUUCUGCAGCGUUCACACACACACACACACACACACACACACGCUCUGUCAGCUGUCUGAGCGUCUCGUCACGGCUGAUCAGGAAAUCUUUCUGAUCAUCGAUCAAUGAGAUGAGAAGUUUUCCAGUUUUCUGAUCAAUCGAUCGAGUCACAUCAGAGCCAUCACUUCCUGUUUCACAAUAAAAGCUUCUUCUACUGGUGAAUCAUGUGGAGGCUUUUAUUGUGAAACAGGAAGUGGUCUGAGCAGACUGCUGCUGUGUGUUGUGAAUAAAUAUAGAGUAUUUAUUUUAUUUGUUUGUAUUUAUGAAUAUUUGUUUGACUGAUGAAAACACGUCCGCUGCUGCAGAUUCUUUAUCAGAGUUUAUUUAUUUAUUUAUGCUGAAAUAUUUAUUUGACUUUGAUCAGUUUGUUUGUUUUAUGAUGUCAGAUGUGUGUGUGUGUGUGUGUGUGUGUGUGUGAUGAACUGAUUUAUUUAUUUGAACUGAUUUAGUUUAAAUUAUAAAUAUUAAUAUCUGUCAUUUUCUAACAGAAGUUUUGUCGUCUUUUUAAUUCGUGUUAAACACUGUUUUAUAUGAAAAUAAAAAGUUUCACUUUU